AUGGAGGGAAUUCAGGGCGUGCAGGACUCCAAAAAAAUGCGGCUUUUUUUAUGGCUUGAUCCACCCUUGCCAAACACUUACUACAAGGAAACUAUGUGGAAGUUCCAUAUGGAUUUGGAGGAGGCUAACAACAAUAAAGCAUUUGCAAUGGAGGUUUUGAAGCUUUCGGAGGAGGCCAAGAACAAGAAAGAAGUUCAACUGGAUAUUUUUAACCUGUUGAAGGUGGAGCUACUUAUGAUGGUCAUGCUUUUGGUGGUGGUGAUAGUGAUGGGGUUUAUGGUUCACAAUUGUUAUGGUUAA